AUGGCCGGGACGGGAGAGACUGUUGUUUUCCGUCGCAAUAUCAGGCGGGAUAGGUCAUCAAGUUCAGACGUUAACUCAGCUUUACAAGAUGAUAAGCAAAAAGGUGAUGACUCUAAACAAACACGAUUCGCCCUUAUGGAGGAAGUUCUACUUCUUGGCCUUAAAGACCGUGAAGGAUACACGUCGUUUUGGAGUGAUAACAUUAGUCUUGGUCUCCGGGGCUGUUUUCUUAUUGAGCUGGCUCUGCGAGGUCGUAUUACUCUUGAGCCUCCGUCCACACGUCGAUUGAUUUUGAACAGAAAUGUUAUUGUAAUCAAAAAUGUUCCCACGGGUGACAUGCUUUUGGAUGAAGCACUGCGAACAAUAAGCAGUAACAGCCCCGCCGAUGUAAAGUCCUGGAUUGACUAUCUAAGUGGUGACACCUGGAAUCCCUUUAAAAUCGCCCUGCAAAUGCGAAAUGUGAGAGAACGGAUAGCAAAAAAUCUCGUUGAAAAGGGGGUCUGCUCGACCGAGAAACAGAAUUUUAUCUUGUUCGACAUGACAACUCAUCCUCUUAUCAAUACGCCCGCCAAGCAACUGGUAAUACAACGAAUAAUUGACGCCCUUCUGUCUAAUUGGACCACCGAUAUCCAACGAAUGGACAAAAGAAUGCUCUCACUAAUUGUUGUGUCUCAACGUGCGGAUGUUCUAGAAAAUGCGUUUUUAACGCUUUCAAACCAGGACUACAACACAGCUACGAAACAUGUGAGGACACUGAUGGAUCUCAAUUACAACGAGUACGGUUCCACGGGCACUCCAGCGGAUGUUAUUUGGGCUGUGUUCGCCGCUUUGAGCUCUUGA